AUGGAACAAACACAAGACUUUACAAGCUUCUUGCUUGGCAGACCCGUCAUUGUCAAACUCAACUCAGGAGUCGAUUACAGAGGGAUUUUGGCAUGUCUUGAUGGAUACAUGAACAUUGCAUUGGAGCAGACUGAGGAAUAUGUCAACGGACAACUUAAAAACAAAUACGGUGAUACUUUUAUUCGUGGAAACAAUGGCAAGUGA